GUUGUUGCAACUUUGUGAGAUCCUGGGGAAGGUGCUGAGACUUUGGCUCGGGCCGAUUUCCCGGUCUCGGGAUCCUUGCAGGGAUUCCCUGAGCCGCAUCCUCUCUUCCCUCCACGCGCACUCGCGGGUCCUCGGAGCCCGCUGCCCUCUCUGUCCUGGCCCCUCGGCCUACUCACCCGUCCCGUCCCCUUCAGCUCCCCCCAGCCUGCACGGGGAAGACUUGCUGAGGGUCGCCCCGGUUUCUUGUCGACCGCAGAACCCGAAAGUUUGCAAGAGGAAGAAAGCGCGCGGCGAGCGAGCGAGCGGGCCGGGGGCAGCGGCAGCCGCGCCGGGGACCAUGGUGCUGCCGGCGCCUCCUCCGCGGGAGUGAAGGCGGCGCUCCUACUCCCUCCCCGGACUCCGCGGUGUCCCAGAAGCUUUUGUUGACAAUUCCAGUUUCCGAACAAAACAUUUCGGCAAUGGUGAGGGCUUCGAUCCCUUCUCUCAUUUGCUGUGAGCCAUGAACGGAUGGAUGUGAUGCCUGCUAGCCAAAAGGCUUCCCUCUGUAUGUUGCAGUCCUGUGGCAUUAUGCAUGCCCCCUCCCAGUGACCCCAGGCUUUUUAUGGCUGUGAGACACGUUAAAAUUUCAGGGGUAAGACGUGACCUUUUGAGGUGACUAUAACUGAAGAUUGCUUUACAGAAGCCAAAAAAGGUUUUUGAGUCAUGAUGCAAGAAUCUGGGACUGAGACAAAAAGUAACGGUUCAGCCAUCCAGAAUGGGUCGGGCGGCAGCAACCACUUACUAGAGUGCGGCGGUCUUCGGGAGGGGCGGUCCAACGGAGAGACGCCGGCCGUGGACAUCGGGGCAGCUGACCUCGCCCACGCCCAGCAGCAGCAGCAGCAGUGGCAUCUCAUAAACCAUCAGCCCUCUAGGAGUCCCAGCAGUUGGCUUAAGAGACUAAUUUUCAAGCCCUUGGGAGUGGAAGUCCUGCAGGUCCCCUUGUGGGGAGCAGUUGCUGAGACGAAGAUGAGUGGACCUGUGUGUCAGCCUAACCUUUCCCCAUUGUGA